GUGUCAGUGCGCAGCUCCCACCGAGCGGCUGCUCCGCCAGAAGAAGCGGCUGCUCCCGGACAGAGGUUGUGUCUGCGCUGCAUCACCGGCGGGGAGGCAGCACCUUCUCCCGCGGACCGACCUCAACCAGCCGGGCUCGCCUGCGGAGCCCCCCCCACGUAUGGGCUCACCAUGCGCAGGAUACGGGCCAACGCCAUCGCCAUUCUGACCGUCGCGUGGAUCCUGGGGACGUUUUAUUACCUGUGGCAGGACAACAAGCCGCAGUCGUCGUCGUCGUCGUCGCCGUCGUCGUCGGCGUCGCAGACCCGCGGCAGGAGCCACGGGCAGAAGGGUCCCGGGCGGCUGGAGAUCCACCGGGACGACAGGACCAUCCCGCUGAUAGUGACCCAGCCGCCGCGGGCCGAGCAGCAGGGGCUGCUGCUGGGCGGCUUCGAUGAGAAGGCCUACCUGGCGGCGAAGCAGCUGAAGCCGGGGGACGACCCGUACAGAGAGCAUGCCUUCAACCUGCAGGAGAGCGACCGCCUGGGCAGCGAGCGAGCCAUCAGAGACACCCGACACUACAGGUGCGCGUCUCUGAAUUACGACGCCGACCUCCCCUCCACCAGCAUCAUCAUCACUUUCCACAAUGAGGCUCGCUCCACUCUCCUCCGCACCAUCAAAAGUGUCCUGAUGAGGAGUCUCGCGUCUCUGAUCCAGGAAAUAAUCCUGAUAGACGACUUCAGCUCUGACCCUGAGGACUGCCAGCUGCUCGCUCAGAUCCCCAAAGUGCACUGCCUGAGGAACGGCAGGAGAGAGGGUCUGAUCCGAUCACGUGUGCGAGGAGCCAACACGGCCUCGGCCUCCAUCCUGACCUUCCUGGACAGCCACUGCGAGGUCAACGCCGACUGGCUGCAGCCGAUGAUCCAGAGAGUCAAGGAGGACCAUACGCGAGUGGUCAGCCCCAUCAUCGACGUCAUCAGCCUGGAUAACUUCGCCUACUUGGCGGCCUCAGCGGACCUGAGAGGAGGGUUCGACUGGAGUCUCCAUUUCAAAUGGGAGCAGAUUCCCAUCGAGCAGAAAAUGGCCAGAAGUGACCCCACACAGGCAAUCAGGACGCCCGUCAUCGCUGGGGGGAUCUUCGUCAUGGACAAGAGCUGGUUCAACCACCUGGGCCAGUACGACACCCACAUGGACAUCUGGGGGGGGGAGAACUUUGAACUUUCCUUCCGGGUGUGGAUGUGCGGAGGAAGUCUGGAGAUCCUUCCCUGCAGCCGCGUGGGUCACGUGUUCAGGAAGCGACACCCGUACGACUUCCCAGACGGCAACGCUCUCACCUACAUCAAGAACACCCGGCGGGCUGCGGAGGUGUGGAUGGACGAGUAUAAACAGUACUACUACUCUGCCAGGCCGUCGGCACAGGGCAAGGCCUUUGGGAGCAUUACCGACCGCUUGACGCUGCGGCGGAAGCUGAACUGCAAACCUUUCCGCUGGUACAUGGAGAACGUCUACCCCGAGCUGAGGGUCCCUGAGCAGGAGGCGGUGUCCAGUUUGCUGAAACAAGGCGGUUUGUGUCUGGAGACCCGUGGGAGCGACGUCCUGAGCCUGGCAGAGUGCAGGGGCCUCGGAGGCAACAGGCCACAGUCACAGAGAUGGGAGCUAAUCGAGCCGCUGAUCCGACAGCAGGACCUCUGCUUGGCCAUUUCAGCCUUCCCCACAGGGUCAAAGGUCAAGAUGGAGCCCUGCAAUGCAAAAGAGCCCAGACAGAAGUGGAAGCCAAAGGGCACGGCUCUGCAGCACAUGGUGAGCGGCCUCUGCCUGGACAGCCAGACCCCGGCAGGUCCUCUGGUCGUCGCUCAGUGUCUCCCCCAGAUGGCCAGCCAGUCCUGGGAGCCGCAGAUCAUCACCUGAGCCACUGGGACACAGAGGAGGGAGAGGAGCAGAUUGUGGACCCAACCUUUAGAGGGACUCAGGGGGUGAAAUCUGCUCCGUCUGUCUCUCUGCUGAGGGACGAGAGGACUGAGAACUGUAUUUUUGUGAUGUCAACUUCAAGCUCCUGCUCGCUGUGACGAGAGCGUCAGCGUUUUUCUAAAGGCCUCGCCGAACGAAUCAUCUGAGGUCUAUGGUGUGCAGUGCUUCAUCCUUCGAGGAUGCUGCAGUUCUUCUAUGUAUUCUAAGCUUUUCACUGAAAACUGUUGCACAUCUCACUUUUUAAUUUCUGUGUCUAUCCUGGUCAACAAUCUGCUUAAGAUUCGAGUAGUGUGGGUCAUCUCAGAAUGAAUGAAACUGUACAGGAGCAAAUGAGUCCAAGUCUUGGGUUGAGGCGCAUCGGGCACGUCCGAUGACUGCGUGGACCAGGGCAGCUUUAUGUACAGCCAACUACAAUCUGAGCUUUUCAAAGCACCAUGCAAAGCGCCAUCAGGAACAUUAUUUAUUGUUUUGCAUGGUCGGACCCAAAGAAAUUAUUUUUUUUUCCUGUCUCUCUUUAAUGUUUUAUGUAAAUAUUUGAAGCAGACGAUGGCUUGGUUUCUGUGUGACGUACUCUCUAUGUCGUUUGAAGAAUAAAAUGUCGUAACAAUGAAAUUAUUGCUCUCGUCAAGUUGUAACCAAAGUGUCUGAAUUGCCCCCUGGUGGCUGGCUGCAGUGGAGGUCAUGAACCCAAUCUCCUCCAUGUUAGCAGAUGGGACAUGGAUCAAACUGGUGCACGUCAAAUAUUUUUGUGUUUAUUUUUCUUUAAUUUAGCAGGUUUAUAUUUCAUGGUUUUUAACUUCCAGGUUGAUUAUACGGAAAGGUGUGUAAUGUAAUCAAGGCAUCGUUGACUCCAUCCCUGUUCUAUAUGCGGACUGCAUGAGGUCCAGAGCCUCCCCCCCAACAGUUCCCAGCAUGCAGUUCCCCUUUGAUCAGCCUAUCCCAUGACUUCAUAACCAGUGAUGUCAACGUCUGUCACUGGCCACCGGGACGACAGUGGACUCCUUCCAUAACUUUGGAACCAUCGUCUGCUCCAGAGACGUCUUAAAUAUUUCUGACAUCACCUCACAGAGCUGUUCGGGACAAUACCUCAGCAAGUUCCCUGUAAUUCAGUCCGGCCACUGCUCUUUUUGUCUUAUUUUUCUCCAUCAUGAACAACAAACAUCUGGUUUGACUUUGUAAAGGGGGGACAGACUUUGCAUAUUUCCCUGAGUCAUGGAUUUCAAAUCGUAAAUAAAACGACUUAAUGCUU